AUGGACCAGGGAUCGGACAAAACGGAUCAUACCGAUUUGGACAGCCCGAAUUUGAAUGGGUUUGAGAUUGACAACUUUUACUUGGACAUGAAUGGAUUGAUCCACCCCUGUUUCCAUCCACAAGACCGUCCAGCCCCAGAUACGAUAGAUGACAUGCUGAUAAUGCUGAAGAGGUAUUUGGACUAUAUCAUUGACAUCGUUCGUCCAAGGAAACUUGUAUAUAUGGCUGUCGAUGGGGUAGCUCCACGCGCUAAAAUGAACCAGCAAAGAGCAAGAAGAUUUAAAGCAGCACGCGACAAAAAGUCUGCGAUGGAUUUUGAAGCGCAACAAGCGGCAGAUGCUUUAGCCAAAGGAACGCCACUUCCUGCGUCCAAAAAGGAAAUGGAUUCGAAUUGUAUAACACCGGGAACCGUGUUUAUGGAUCGUGUAAUUGAGACUUUAAAGGCGUAUGUAAAAGAGCGGAUUUCGACAUCUGCCUAUUGGAAGAAGUUAGUAGUGAUAAUCAGUGAUUCUUCUGUGCCUGGGGAAGGUGAACACAAGAUCAUGGAAUACAUCAGAAAGCAGAAGGAUCAACCAAAUUACAAUCCCAAUUUAAAUCAUUGUAUCUACGGACUUGACGCCGACUUAAUCAUGUUGACACUCGCUACACAUGAAAGAAACUUUUUUGUGAUUCGAGAGGAUGUUUUGAAUACAAAGUGUUACAUCUGUGGAGGGGCUCAUCCGGUCGCUUUUUGUCCUAAAAAGAAUGAAAUUAAUCCGAUGGAUCCUAUUAACAAACCUUUUGUCUUCGUUUCAAUACUCGACGUUAGAAAGCUUAUUUAUUUACUUGGGAUGGUCCCAGGGUACGACUUCGAACGAAUUAUCGACGACUUCAUCUUUCUUUGUUUCUUUAUUGGGAACGACUUCUUACCACACUCCCCUUCACUUGAAAUCUAUCACGAAGAUAUUUCACUCAUAAUGGAAUUAUAUAAAGAAUUCCUCUUAAAGAAUGGGUAUGUCACAGACGCGGGGAAUCUCGAUAUGGCUGCUUUCAAGAACCUCCUUACCUUUUUGUCGAGAAAUGAGUCUGGGCGUCUUAUAGAUGUCGCCAAUAAGAAACGCAUGGAGACAACUAUUUCUUCCAACCACGUCUUUCGCAAACAGUUAUCUGCUAUUGCAGAGGCCAAAGCCAAUAAACAAACGGAAGAGUUUGAGAAGUUGACCAAGGAAUUUACUGAGUCCAAGUUGAAGUUUAAUGAAAUGAUAUUUGGAGGGGAUGUAGAGUACGACAAACCGGGGUAUGAGGAGAGAUAUUACAAUUCUAAACUUCAUAUUGAUAUUGUGAAAGAGCCCAAGAAAGUCGAGGAAUUAGUCCACGAAUAUGUUAAAGGCCUUGUUUGGGUAUUGAAAUACUAUUAUCAAGGGUGUAAAGGAUGGGGUUGGUUCUUCCCUCAUAACUACGCGCCAUUUAUCACUGAUAUGGCAAAGUACUUUGACUACACGUGGAAUAUCACUUUUGACUUUGAAGAGCCAUCGACCCCAGUCGAACAACUGAUGUCGGUCUUACCCCCAUUCUCGAAGAAAUGUGUACCGAAGUCGUGUCGAGCACUCUUAAACUCGGAAACCUCUCCUCUUAAAGAAUUCUAUCCCGAAACAUUUCAAAUUGACUUUGAUGGAUACGCAGUGGAAUACUUGGGUGUUGUCUUACUCCCAUUCAUCGAACGACCAAAACUCUUGAAGUACUUGCGACCCAUUGAAGACGCGUUUGUCGGAGAUGAUAAAGAGCGUAAUAAGGCAUCGGGGGUGGCUCAUAUCUACUUCUAUAGGAACAACCCACUCUUUAAGAAUAUCGGACAGGCGUAUACCAAAGACCCUAUUAAACACUUGAACCACCUCAAAGACCUCGAUAAACUUUACAAAGGGAAAUUCUCGCUGGACAAGUUCGAUGAGGACGAAGUGUUCCCACUGAGUUGCAAUAUGCACGAAAUAGCAGGGACAGUGUUCCCAGUGAAAACUACUUAUAACGACGUUAUUGGCGACUGUGUGGUGUGUGGGUUUGAGAACCCAGAAUACGACGAGAAGCAUAUCUUCAUCCCAAGAUACUUGGAAGGACAGAAAUUGACUGUUCUUCCAAUGCAGAAAUCAAAUAAAUCUACGGAAAGGAACGCUAAAGAGUAUAUGGAACUUGUCGAAAAGUCUUAUUGUGGAGAGAUAAGUAUGGACUAUACCCCUAAAAAGAGAGAAGGUCCACAGCCAACUGUGAAUUACGAAAUGUUUUUGAAAGUCAGAAAAGAUUCCAAGAAAAGACCCCUAGUCAAUCCUUUUUUGCAAGAACAUUUUGACUUGGAAAGGAAACACAAAUUCGAUUGA